CAGGCAGCCACCCGAGGAGCAUCCAGGGGCCUUGGGGUGGAGAGGCCAUAGACAGGAAGCUUUGGACAGCCUGAGCCGUACACAGCCCCAACCUCACAGAAGCAUGGCCCUCCUUCAGCUGCUCUUCUUUGCCAUGCUGGCUGCCUGUGGCUUCUCAGAGGAGCAGACAGAAGGCAUCACCAUUGCCUACAAAGUACUGGAAGUUUAUCCCCAAAGCCGGAGGGUGCUUAUAACCUGCGAUGCCCCUGAGGCGUCCCGGCCUGUCACAUACUCUCUCCUGGCCAGCCGAGGUGUCCUGGUGGCAAAAAAGGUUGUGCAUGACUCCACGCCAGCCUCCUUCAACAUCAAUAUCACGAUCAAGUCCAGCCCAGACCUGCUCACCUACUCCUGCCAGGCAGCCUCGAACUCUGGCACCUAUGGACCUAGCAGCAGGCUCCAGAUGUACCAGGAACUGUGGGCUAAGCCAGUGUCUCAGCUGCAGGCUGACUUCAUCCUACGCCAUGGGGACUCGGGCCCCACUGUGGAGCUGUCCUGCCUGGCAUCCUCAGGCAGCCCCCCCAUCACCUACCGCUUGGUGGGGAAUGGUGGGCGUGUUCUUGCACAGCAAAGGCCACUUCAUGGAAAACCGGCCAACUUCUCCCUCCCGCUGUCCCAGACCGCUGGUUGGUUCCAGUGCGAAGCUGAAAACGAUGUCGGUGUGGACAGCAGUGCCCGCAUCCCACUGCCCCGAGCAGAGGCCCGAGCCAAGCUGGUGACCACCCUUGCAGGGGAGCUGCCCCUGACACCCACCUGUAUUCUGGCUGGCAGCCUCGUCUCCAUAGCCGUUAUUGCUUCCAGGAUGCUGAGCUCGACCAGGUUGUGACCAGAAGACAGAGCCAUGGGCUUGCCUCCCUGCCCUAUACAAGAACCCACCAAUGGAGCAAAAGAGAGCCUGAGGAGUGGGGGUAGAAAAGGGGGGUUCAGGGCUGGAGAGAUGGCUCAGUAUGUUACAGCACUGACUGUCCUUCCAGCGGUCCUGAGUUCAAUUCCCAUAAUGUACUUCUAUAAAUAAAAUAAAUAAUUCUUUUUUUUUUUGUU